AGCUGCUGCUGAGCUAUUGCUGCUUGUCCAUUGUCACUAGUGAAGGUGCAGUGCCCUCACCAUACCAUGCACUGCCUGCUGCUCUAGAGGGAGGUCUCCUGCAGGAACAUGCAGUCCUAGCUGCCUGUAUGACUGUAGAAGUGACAGCUCCUCCACCAGCCACUGUCACAUCUAGAUUCUGGUGCCACCAGUUGGACGCCCAGUGGAAUUGUCACAGAGGAUUGCUCCCUUCUGGAUCUGCACACAUUCACCUCUUCCAUGAACUCUAUGAAAGAGCCCUUACACUUGGAGCACUUAGCCGGGAGUAAACUGGCCUCAGCAUCUUCCCACCACCAGUCAGUCACCCUGCUCUCCAUGGCUUCCUCGCUGGGGCAGCGCCCUGUGGACUGUAAGCAGAGGCUUGAGGUGCACACCAUCUCUGACACCUCCAGCCCAGAAGCUGUAGAUAAAGAUAAAAGCCACCAAAGUAAAAAUGAGGAUAAUGGCGCCGACGACCCGUCCAAGAAGAAGAGACAACGCAGGCAGAGGACUCAUUUCACAAGCCAACAAUUGCAAGAGCUGGAGGCCACCUUCCAGAGGAACCGCUACCCUGACAUGUCCACCAGGGAGGAGAUUGCUGUGUGGACCAACCUCACAGAGGCCAGAGUCAGGGUUUGGUUCAAGAACCGCAGAGCUAAAUGGAGAAAGCGGGAAAGGAACCAGCAAGCAGAACUGUGCAAAAACGGCUUCGGACCUCAGUUCAAUGGACUCAUGCAACCAUAUGAUGACAUGUACCCUGGGUACUCCUAUAACAACUGGGCAGCCAAGGGCCUCACCUCGGCUUCACUUUCCACCAAGAGCUUUCCUUUCUUCAACUCCAUGAAUGUCAACCCCUUAUCCUCACAAAGCAUGUUCUCCUCGCCCAACUCCAUCUCCUCCAUGAGCAUGUCCUCCAGCAUGGUGCCCUCUGCCGUCACAGGGGUGCCAGGCUCCAGCCUCAACAGCUUGAAUAACCUCAACAACUUGAGCAACCCUUCUCUGAAUUCUGCCGUGCCAACUUCAGCUUGCCCUUAUGCCCCUCCAACACCCCCCUAUGUCUACAGGGACACAUGUAACUCUAGCCUGGCAAGCCUUAGACUUAAAGCUAAGCAGCACUCUAGUUUUGGAUAUGCCAGUGUUCAGAACCCUGGAUCCAACCUCAGCGCGUGCCAAUAUGCUGUGGACAGACCCGUGUGAUGUAUAUGUAUAGGUGCAUGUAUGUAUACUCUAUGGGAACCAUCCUCUCUUCAAAGCCUCAUCACAUGUGGACUCUAAAUAGAGGAGAAAAGAAAAUAUUAAACUGCAAAACUCGAGAGCGUCUCGACCACAAGAGACCGACUGCAGCGGACAUUGAGAAUGAUAUAUAUAUGUAUAUGGACACGUUUGACUGGAUAUGGAAUUUAAUGUUACUCUAAAGCUUGUUCAUUUUUUUUCUUAAGUUUAGCAUUGUUACAAUGGACUGAAAGGAUGUACAUAUACUGAAAUGUCAAAUUAAUUUUAUAAGCAGCAGUUGUCGGUCAUUAUGAUCUUUACAGUGUUACAUAUGCACCAGGCUUUAAAAUAAAGCAUGCAGUGGGAGAGAAGGAGAAUCUGCCUCCAGGUGACUGUAUAUAAGCAAUGUAUUGCCAUGUGCUUCACUAGACAAUAGCCCCAUGGUCCGUGCACAGAGGACAACGCUUCUGGGCACUAGGCUCCCCAACUUUUGGCACAUGCCUUACUUUAUUUCCUGCCAUAGGAAUUUUAUUUCAUUAUUUAAAAUACACAACCCCCCCCCCCCCCCCAAAAAAAAA